CGCCCAGCGCCUUUGCAUCCGCUCCUGGGCACCGAGGCGCCCUGUAGGAUACUGCUUGUUACUUAGUACAGCUAGAGGGUCUCACUCCAUUGCCCAGGCUGGAGUGUGGGGACAUUUGAUAAGAAACUUCAGUGAAGCCCGGGCGCGGUGGCUCAUGCUUGUAAUCCAGCAUUUUGGGAGGCUGAGGCGGGUGGAUCACCCGAGGUUGGGAGUUCCAGACAAGCCCGACCAACAUAGAGAAACUCCAUCUCUACUAAAAAUACAAAAUUAGCUGGGCGUGGUGGUGCAUGCCUGUAAUCCCAGCUACUCCGGAGGCCGAGGCAGGAGAAUUGCUUGAACCCGGGAGGUGGAGGUUGCAGGUGAGCCGAGACUGCGCCAUUGCACUCCAGCCUGGGCAACAAGAGCAAAACUCUGUCUCAAAAAAAAAGGAAACCUCAGUGAAAUGAAAGACUGAACUACACACCUGGGGGAAGAGGCUAAUAAAGGGAGCAAGAAGUGCAAAUGCCUAUGGCAGGGGACUUAUUUGCGGAAAGAAAGGAGCCUUGUGUGGCUGGUGCACAGUCGACUAGAAGAGGAGAUGAAGUCAGAGAGGCAGUUAGGGUCCGUGUUCUGUGAGACUUCAAUAGGCCUGUCUAUGCAGGUUAGGAGUUUGCAUUGUUUUGAUUGAGUUGGGAGCCAUGGGGGUCUUCUGAACCAAGGACCAACACAUCUGACUUGUUAAUGAGAUUGCUGGCCUCAAUGUUGAGAAUGGACCAUGACGAGGCAUCAUGGACCGAUCUAAAGAAAACUGCAUUUCAGGGCCUGUUAAGGCUACAGCUCCAGUUGGAGGUCCAAAACGUGUUCUCGUGACUCAGCAAUUUCCUUGUCAGAAUCCAUUACCUGCAAAUAGUGGCCAGGCUCAGCGGGUCCUGUGUCCUUCAAAUUCUUCCCAGCGCGUUCCUUUGCAAGCACAAAAGCUUGUCUCCAGUCACAAGCCGGUUCAGAAUCAGAAGCAGAAGCAAUUGCAGGCAACCAGUGUACCUCAUCCUGUCCCCAGGCCACUGAAUAACACCCAAAAGAGCAAGCAGCCCCUGCCAUUGGCACCUGAAAAUAAUCCUGAGGAGGAACUGGCAUCAAAACAGAAAAAUGAAGAAUCAAAAAAGAGGCAGUGGGCUUUGGAAGACUUUGAAAUUGGCCGCCCUCUGGGUAAAGGAAAGUUUGGUAAUGUCUAUUUGGCAAGAGAAAAGCAAAGCAAGUUUAUUCUGGCUCUUAAAGUGUUAUUUAAAGCUCAGCUGGAGAAAGCCGGAGUGGAGCAUCAGCUCAGAAGAGAAGUAGAAAUACAGUCCCACCUUCGGCAUCCUAAUAUUCUCAGACUGUAUGGUUAUUUCCAUGAUGCUACCAGAGUCUACCUCAUUCUGGAAUAUGCACCACUUGGAACAGUCUAUCGAGAACUUCAGAAACUUUCAAAGUUUGAUGAGCAGAGAACUGCUACUUAUAUAACAGAAUUGGCAAAUGCCCUGUCUUACUGUCAUUCGAAGAGAGUUAUUCAUAGAGACAUUAAGCCAGAGAACUUACUUCUUGGAUCAGCUGGAGAGCUUAAAAUUGCAGAUUUUGGGUGGUCAGUACAUGCUCCGUCUUCCAGGAGGACCACUCUCUGUGGCACCCUGGACUACCUGCCCCCCGAAAUGAUUGAAGGUCGGAUGCAUGAUGAGAAGGUGGAUCUCUGGAGCCUUGGAGUUCUUUGCUAUGAAUUUUUAGUUGGGAAGCCUCCUUUUGAGGCAAACACAUACCAAGAGACCUACAAAAGAAUAUCACGGGUUGAAUUCACAUUCCCUGACUUUGUAACAGAGGGAGCCAGGGACCUCAUUUCAAGACUGUUGAAGCAUAAUCCCAGCCAGAGGCCAAUGCUCAGAGGAGUACUUGAACACCCCUGGAUCACAGCAAAUUCAUCAAAACCAUCAAAUUGCCAAAACAAAGAAUCAACUAGCAAACAGUCUUAGGAAUCGUGCAGGGGGAGAAAUCCUUGAGCCAGGGCUGCCGUAUAACCUGUCAGGAACAUGCUACUGAAGUUUAUUUUACCAUUGACUGCUGCCCUCAAUCUAGAACGCUACAAAAGAAACAUUUGUUUUACUGAGCAGGUGUGCCUUAACCUCCCUAUUCAGAAAGCUCCACAUCAAUAAACAUGACACUCUGAAGUGAAAGUAGCCACGAGAAUUGUGCUACUUAUACUGGUUCAUAAUCUGGAGGCAAAGUUCGACUGCAGCCACCCCGUCAGCCUGUGCCAGGCCUGGUGUCUUCACAGGAGGCAAAUCCAGAGUCUGGCUCUGGGGAAAGUGACCACUUUGCCCUGACCCGAUCAGUUAAGGAGCUGUGCAAUAACCUUCCCAGUACCUGAGUGAGUGUGUAACUUAUUGGGUUGGCCAAGCCUGGUAAAGCUGUUGGAAUGAGUAUGUGAUUCUUUUUAAGUAUGAAAAUAAACAUAUUUGUACAGACUUGUAUUUUUUCUCUGGUGGCAUUCCCUUAGGAAUGCUGUGUGUCUGUCCGGCACCCCGGUAGGCCUGAUGGGGUUUCUAGUCCUCCUUAACCACUUAUCUCCCAUAUGAGAGUGUGUAAAAUAGGAACACGUGCUCUACCUCCAUUUAGGGAUUUGCUUGGGAUACAGAAGAGGCCAUGUGUCUCAGAGCUGUUAAGAGCUUAUUUUUUUAAAACAUUGGAGUCAUAGCAUGUGUGUAAACUUUAAAUAUGCAAAUAAAUAAGUAUCUAUGUCA